ACUUUCAAUAUUACACACUGUACUGUCUUCUAUAGUUGCUAACCUCUGUUUUCUUCCAGAUACUACAGGUUUCAUCUUCUCAGGUUCUGCAGUGCUUUGCAUCAGGGGAAGUUUUAAAAGAAACUCACCAGAUAUUCCAGAUUCUUCAGAUACUACAGGUUUCAUCUUAGGUUCUGCAGUGCUUACAUCGGGGGAAGUUAUAAAAGAGAUUCUUCAGAUACUACUGGUUUUCAUCUUGUCAGGUUCUGCAGUGCUUUCAUCGGGGGAAGUUUUAAACAUGCCACGAAAAGGGAAGAGAUCUCAGGCUCAGAAAUUGCGCUGGAAAAAGAUAGACCUUCAAGAUGUAAAUACCAGCCUUUCCUGCAUUAAAGAGGUUGAACAAACGAGUACCAGUGCUGCUGUAGGCCAGUCUCCUGUUAGACAAUAUGAGGAAAGUGGGGGUAAUGAACCCAAAGUUGUGUCAGUCCGGGCGUCUCAUUCUCAGGCUGAUGUUCGAUAUGAUGAAUUCUCAAGGAAUCACCAGUGUACCUGUGUGUCACUGACAUUCUUGGCCAGUCACAGUGCAGGGCAUCAGUUUAAGAUGUCGGAUCUUGACAGAGUUUUAGAGGAAGGGGAUGCCUUGUAUGUCAGCGUUAAAAUGCAGCUCAUCGCUGAAAACAGAUUCAGUCAUGACUAUCUGUCCAUGGAGGAAGUACCUUUUGGACUUUCAACAUUUAACCAAACAUACAAUGUUCAGAAGUCGGAAGUCAAGGUUGGAUUUUUUCGAGCCAAAGGUUCCCCUGACACGGAAGAAUGGUUUUUGCCUCUUCCUGAAAGACUGCAGUGUCUCGCAGUGGAUGUCACGCAUGCACUUUUAAUAGUUUCUUCAGAAUGCAUUGCGGUGUUUAGAGAUGGAUCAGGCAGAUAUGGAUUCUUUGAUCCACAUUCAAGGACAUUUGAAGGAGAAGAGGCCCUGGCUGGUGUUGGAACAGCUGUCAUGUUAACUUUUACUCGCCUAAGUGACAUGACUGACCAAAUUCUUAAGCUCUUCAACCAUUGCCGUGAUGACCAAUCCUAUGAAUUCAUGUCUGUGUCUUUUGAAAUGGAGCAACAGGCAGGCCAGCAGCCUUCACCAUCAGCUCGUGAACCAAUUUCACAAGUAAUCUCAGUUCUACCAGAACCAGAUGGAAAUGCAGCUGUUCCCAGAGGAGCUGAAAGCCGCCAACCCAUGGUAGCCAGAGUAAAUAAGGCACGGAGAAGAAAAGAAUUGCGUAAAGCAAUCGAUAAUUUAAAAUCCAAGGACACAGCUAAAUCUUAUGUGAACCGAAAACACAAACAAAGAGAUGAUGAGAGGGGCCAGUAUUCCGCCUGUUUGCAGUAUCUGACAAAUAAAAAAGAAGCUCUUAAGUAAAAGUAUGGUCAGGAUGCUCUCAUUAGAAACAAAAAGAAAAGCUACAUGGCUAGACGAUACAGAGAGGAGAUUGUCCGAUCUAAAAAGAAGGAGGAUAUGAUGAGACGAUAUCGCACAGAUCCUGUAUUUCAG